GUUGCGGCGAGGCGAGGUAUCGACGGUUGAGGAUCGCUGCGGGGUAGUUUAGAGCGCCAUCGCACCGCUUCCAUCCCAAGGGAACGUUUGACCUCUGUGCUUCCACACUGGGCACAUGAAAUCGUAAUAAAUUAUCAUUGGUAAUUAUUUGUGGUGUUUUUCUCACCCGGGCAUUGCGAGCGCGAGCGAGUUGGAGAGAGACAAUCGUGGGGAGUGUGUGCUUCAUUUCACGGCGUGCGAGUCGGUGGUCGGAUCGGGGAAAUCUGUUUCCCAUGUCAAAUCGCGUUACACCAGAACCCACUGAGAACGUGGAGCUGAUGGAUUCUAAUAAUAGAAAAGCUCGAACGGGGCAUACAACUGGGUACUCUUCAGCCCCAGACCAUCGGGCAGAUGUGAUCGGAGCUGGUGAACCUGAAGGGGGCAUUGGUAUUUGUGGAUGGAUCCUCACCGGUCUGUCAAUGCUUAUCGUCUUGUUUACAUGUCCAUUCUCCCUGUGUGUUUGCAUCAAGGUUGUCCAGGAGUAUGAGCGUGCUGUUAUAUUUCGCCUUGGACGACUCCUUCCGGGUGGAGCAAAAGGCCCAGGUAUAUUCUUCAUUCUCCCAUGCAUUGAAAGCUACACCAAGGUUGACCUAAGAACAGUCUCCUUCGAUGUUCCUCCACAAGAGGUGUUGACGAGAGACAGUGUAACUGUAUCAGUGGAUGCAGUGGUCUACUACCGUGUCCAGAAUGCAACCAUUUCUAUUGCCAACGUUGAAAACGCCAACGCAUCCACACGCCUCCUGGCCCAGACCACGCUGCGCAACGUGCUGGGUACCAAGAACCUAGCAGAGAUUUUAUCAGACCGAGAAGGCAUUAGCCACUUUAUGCAGUCAAGUUUAGACGAAGCAACAGAUCCUUGGGGUAUUAAAGUUGAACGAGUGGAAAUUAAGGAUGUUCGUCUGCCUGUUCAGCUCCAGCGAGCCAUGGCAGCAGAGGCUGAAGCUGCCAGAGAAGCCAGGGCAAAGGUCAUCGCCGCCGAAGGGGAACGAAAUGCCUCAAGAGCUCUGAAGGAGGCUGCUGACGUCAUUGCGGAAUCACCCAGUGCUCUUCAGCUCCGCUACCUUCAGACACUUAAUACCAUCUCCGCUGAGAAGAACUCAACCAUCAUCUUCCCUCUGCCCAUCGAUUUGUUAAGUUCUAUGGUCAACAGAAAGUGAACAACAAAAGAAGGGUAGUAUUCAUCAUGUUAUUUAUUUGUUUCAUAAUCUCAGUAUUUGUCAAGAUAUCAACCCUAACUUCCGGACCAUAAACUAUAGGCCUUCAGCAUGCUCUGUGUGGCUUAUAUGCCAAGCUCCUUAAACACCAAUAUGUAAAGUAAGCUUCUGCAUCUUUGACUUUAAUAAAAUGGCGAAGCCCCCUUGGCACUUUCUGUUGGGGCUUAUAAUCCGUGCAGCUUAUACACUGACCUCUCAACAAUUUUUCAAUGAUUUUCCCGGUGCUGCAGAUUGUAUUCUGGGAGGCUUACAGUUCGAGAAUUACAGUAUACAUUAUUACUUUGUAAAUCUGUUACAUUUUGCAAAUAAUUGUGAUAAAUUUUAGUUCAUUUAUUUUUUCAAUGAUCUGUUUUACAAUUUUGCUGAUUGUCCAAUACCAUUGAUGGUUUUGCAUCCCAUCUUCUCUCAGAAGCAAAAUAAGAUCACCAACUUAUAAUACAAUGUUUUCUUGUCAUCUUAUUUGUCAUUUUUAUAUGAAAAGGACUUGAGAAGUAUGUUAUUUGUAUUCAAGUACCCGCCAUGUUAUAUAAAGGUAUGAUAAUCAGAGCUUUCAAUACAUCCAAAGUAAUUAUUUGUUUACUAAAAGUAUGUCCCAUCAAGGUAUAUCUAAAAAUGUUGAGACAGGCAUCAGCAAAAGUAUUUUCCCAUGGAAUGACUAACUUUUAAUUUUGACAACAACAAUAUAUGAUUUAUGUAAAGGAAUUAUCAUAUUUCUUUGUGUAAGUAUUAUAAGUUAUUUUACCAUGGAUCUGGUCAAGAUCAGAAACCGAGCUGUGUUGUGUUCAAAACUUUCAGUAUUUUCAAGCUAAUUUACAAUUUUGAGGGCAGGUUGCCCCCUUUUGUCCUCAUUUUUAGUUCCCCUUUUUUGAAAACUGCUUUCAUUGCUGUACUUUGAAUGAUUUUACAAUGCUUUUUUUCAAUGUAUAUUGUGUGGUUUAUUAGAUUAUAUGAAUAGAUAUAUGUAUAUAAAAUCAGUUAUAUUAGAGAUGGCAUCUUAUGAUGUGAGCUUUAGAAAUAUUUACAGAUAGUUUAUUGUCUGAUAUUUGUGCAAUAUUACGUGCUUUUAGUGCAAUCGUGUCCUUUGAAAUUGACUUAAAAUGCUUCUUUUGUUCAUAUUUAUAAACACUGACAGUUAUAAAACCAGAUGAUGCAUGUUAAAGUGAUGUUUAAAGUGUUGUUCAUACUAUUCAUUUUUUUAGAAAAAAAAAUAUCUCAAUACACGUAACUACUGCAGUCCAUCAGGCAAAAUUCAUUCCUGAAACCAUGAUCUCUUUAGGAGUAUGCAGCAUCAGCAAUAGGUCUUAUUCUAUGUACAUGUAACCAAUCAGUCAUAUCACUUUGCUGUUAUAUGUAGUUGUGUGGCACUUAAACAACUUUCAGGCCAGGACUCGAACCCUUAACCACUCAAGACUCAGUUUCAAGUAUGAUAAUCGCACAAACAAAUUAAAAAAAUACUGCAAUAAAUUGUUAUUUAUUUAAGAUUGAUGUAUUAUUUGUUACAAAUUAACAUAGUGUUUUAAUUAUUAUCUUACCUAACAGAGUAUUCUUUUUAGAAAUACAGAUGGUAUAUAUGUGAUACUUGAAGUAAUAUAUAGAAAUAUUUAUUAUAAGAAAUUGUAUUUCUAUUUAUACCUUGCUGUUCUUUCAUUUAGAAAGUUUAAGAAAACCAUUUUCAGCUGCGACUAUAACUUUUGAAGCUUCUUUGUUUAUAGACCGUCUCCAAGAUUUUGUGAUGCAAUCAUUUUCCAACAGAGAAAGUCUUUUUGAAAUUGGGAAAAAAUUGGAAGUCCCUAACCUCACAAUAAAAAUUGUGUAAAAUGCCAUUGUAGUUGAAACCCUUCCAGGUGCAUGAAACAUUUCUCAGAUUGAAAUGCUUUUGAAUCAAUUUAUCUAAAACCACGUUCCUACGAAGGUUAUCGUUUUUAAAAAUUGUAUACAUUAUCAACAGCUGCAGUGCUUCAGACCAAGUUAGUUUGUAUGGCCAUUGUUUUUUAGAGUAAGCACCAAAGAAAUACCCUCCCUUUAAAAAUGAUGUACGAGACUCUCUCUUGAACAAUGAGUGCGUGACAAAACUUGACCUUGGCGGCCCCUAUAGCCUUGAUCCCAUAUUAUCUGUUUCCUUCCAAACCGUCCACUCUAUUGUAUCCCAAGCCAAAAUAAUGUUUAAUGCUAAGCUACUGUUCAGGCUUGUAUCAACCACUCAUAGUUUCCUAGCUGUGAUAGCGUAAAUGAAGGUUCCAAAAGGUACCACAAAGUUGGAAUAUGCCCAAGACUUGUAUGGUCUACAGGGUCCACCAUUUUCUUAAAGCUGUUAAAGGGAAGGUACACGUUUGGUAAUUGUCAAAGACCUGUCUUCUCAUAUCACUUGGUGUAUCCCAACAUAAG